GUCCACAGCAGCAAGGGGAGGUACCAAAGUUGAGAUCGAGGGGACCUAUUAACAGCGACGGUCAGACACGGCUCUGCGUCCAGCUCCAUUUGAGAGGCGUUUCCACUAACAAACCCGUGCCACCAUGACUGCUCAUCCGAGGCAGUUGUUCUCGCUUCGCCUUGUACUACUCCUACUGGUCUUCUGCUCCACAGCCUUCAGCACGUGUCCCGAAGCAGACCAGAUCCACUGUUUCACCAACUCCCGCUGCACGAGGAUCAGAUACAUUUGCGACGGCGACAACGACUGCGGCGAUAAUUCCGACGAAGAGAACGAACUUUGCCGAUACUGGAGGAACAAUGACUGCGAGCGGAACAACGCCAUGUGCCACCGCAACGGGCGCUCCGACUGCAUCACCAUCUCUCACUACUGCGGGAUCACCAACCCGCCCUGCAAUGGGACCGUCGACCUCCGUAUCUGCCAGAUGCUGCGAGACGAGAAACUGAUGCCGCUCUCCGCCGUCUCUAUGAGUACCACGCCCAUCUCGACCACAGUUGAAAAGCAUGUGGAGAGCGCCUCGUCCCGGGCUCGCUCUAAGCGAGAGUGGGUGUUUGCAGAGGCAAUGCCGACGGAACCGACCGCGCAGGUGGAGGAGGAGGACGUCGUCAAGGAGAUCGAUGCCAAACUUAACUACACUCUCCGCCAUGCUGACUGUCCGCAACUCUUCACGCGCGUCGGCGAGCAGUGCGUCUCCAUCUUCUACAUCGGGAACGUUAACUGGCUGGAGGCAAGAGCUUUCUGCAAGGCCAUCGGCAGCGACCUUUUUACGCUCUCAAAAGACGGAAAGAAUUUCGCUACAAUUUUGCAGCACCUUCGACUCUCCCAGGUGACAACCGAUUUCUGGGUCGGAGGACGCUUUGUCAACGAGACGGUUGGGUGGUGGUGGGUCAACGAUGAACCGAUGGUCCUCGGCUCACCCUACUGGGCUGUCAGACACUCGGAGAGCUGCCAGACUCGCACCUUCACCUCACCCAUCCUCAACCAGACCCUACAGGCCAACGAUGGUCAAUGCUACAACUACGUGCAAGCUCCCCGACAACUUCCCACUGCCACCUGCGCGGCCCUCACCUUUUCCCACUAUUUUUACGUUAGCGACGAGCCCUGCUUAACCAAGAAGAGUCCCCUGUGCGUCCUUCCUUCCCAAGGACCCAAGGAGGCGUUGUAGAUAUACCAAUACGUUUCACAGACGCCUAGAAGAGAAAAGACAUUAAUUGUUCUAGACUCAUCUGUAGUUGUACCCUUGUUAUGUGCAGAUCUUCACUCAACCUCCGCUUCCAUAUAUUUCAUAUUACCCUCAUCUCCACCUCUUCUCCAUCCCCGCAAAUUUCCGAGGUUAUUCGGAUGACUUCUCCUUGUGCUUAAUAUUACCGUCGUUUACCAAUAUUUGUUUUUGCUCUCCAACUUUAUCUUGAGCAGAUUCUCACAGAGCCUUUCAUAUACUUGUUUAGGGCAUUCCUUGCAAUACGUCUGAAUGAUAAAUAGUAACAUUUGUAUUCAUAUGGCAGGUACAUCUGGCACCACGUUUGUUUGUUUGUGGGGUUGAACUGUCAACGGGACGCUUUUGUAAUUGUUUACCCUGAUUUGUCUCCAUUUUAUCCAGGCUUCUUUAUUUUUCCACAAUAACAUCGAAAUCUGCUAAUACUCGGAAAAAAUAAUAAAUAUGAUUGAAAUAUGUUGUCAAUGUGUCAAUGAUUUUUCUGUGGCAGAAGAGGAAAGGAUUCUAUUUUUGUGUCUGUAUUUUCCUUUGCGAAUUUUACACUAAAUGCGUGUCAUUCUUUUAUGAAUGAAAUGCCCAUAUUACAUAUGAUAAUGUUGAAAUUACAACAUAAUUACAACA